UCAUCACGCCUCUUCCUCCCUCCUUCUCCCCUCCUCUUCCCAUCUUUUCCAAAGCAAAUAUCACCAAUCUCUAUCGCUCUCCUCCCUCUCUCUCUCUCUCUCUCUCUGAAAUGUCUAUAAACCAUUUCUCUCAAGACCUUCCAGAAACACUGUGGUGGACUAACCCUCAAAGCCACCAGGACCACCACCAGCACCACCAACAGCAGUCCUUCAUGGACAUUCCUUCUUCAUCGCCUUCCAAACCACACCACCACCAAUUCUCGACCGCCCCUUGGACCUUCCACCACGGCCACAACGCCACCACUCUCAAUUUCAACCUAAACCGCGAGGACGACGACGAUCUCGACGAGCAAGUCAUCGACGGCGGACACGGCGAAGAGCCGGGGGUGCCGUCGGAGCUCGACAAGGAAGUGCUGUUCGAGAAGCCGCUGACGCCGAGCGAUGUCGGGAAGCUCAACCGCCUUGUCAUACCGAAGCAGCACGCCGAGAAGUACUUCCCAUUGGGCGGCGACUCGGUCGACAAGGGGCUACUGCUGAGCUUCGAGGACGAGUCGGGCAAGUUUUGGAGAUUCAGGUAUUCGUACUGGAGUAGUAGCCAGAGCUACGUGCUGACCAAAGGGUGGAGCCGCUACGUGAAGGAGAAGAGGCUCGAUGCCGGCGACGUCGUCUUCUUCAAGCGCCACCGUGCGAACGGCGAGCGGAUCUUCAUCGGGUGGAGGAGGCGCGGGACGGCGGCUGCUCAAGAGAGCAGUGGUGCGGCGGCGGCGGGCGGCGACGGGUGGGGGAGGAGGAGGGCGGUGUACUCGGACUCGGAGCACCACCAUCAUCAUGAUCAACCGCAUCAGCAUCCAAAUUUUGCUUACCCUACGCACCAGGGAGAUGAUGGGCCUCCUGUGCCAUACCGACCAGACUGUACUCAUGCAGGAUCGGAUGGCAGAAAAUCGGGGAAUUCAAAAGGGUUACUGAGGUUAUUCGGAGUGAACAUGGAGUACCAGGUCGACGAGCCCGAGCCGUCGACAUCCGAGGGCUUGUCCUUGUCGCCUUGCCACCGUCAUCCGUUGCAGCGCCGUCAGUACUUACUCUGAUUACCUUCCUUCCACUGUGACAUGGACAUCGCUUUGUCUCAAGAUGUCAACCGGGAUGAGAGAAGUUGCCGAGGAUGGAGAUCUGUUGGAUGUGACGUCCUCUCUGUUUUCUCGAUGGACAAAAGUUGAACCCCCCACUUGGGAGGUCAAAAGAUUUCUGUCAAGAAAUAGAAAGGAUUCCAGAUGUUAAAUAUUUCUUUUUUGCAAAGGGCUUGAGAGAGAGAGAGAAGAAAGAAAAGGACGAGAGAAAAUCCCAGAUUUUCUGGGGAAAAAUAUAUAAUUUUCCUAGGCCACGAGACAA